AUGAAGUUCACCCAGGUCAGCCUGGUCACCGCACCGCUCAUUCUCACGGCUUCCGCCGCUGAGCAGAACCUUCACAUGGUCUCUGAGCGCGACCUCGUCAACUCCAAUUCCGCCAUCACCGUCUGGAACAACGAGCAGACCGAGGUCCUGGGCAAGUCUUGCACCAACUCUCUCGCCGAUGGUGCCUUUGCCAAGCACGCCAUCUCAUUCUUUGUCAGCGAGAAUGGCGCUGGCAACGUCACAAACGAACUCAUUGUCAACUGCGUCGUUCCUGUCAAGGGACUUGGUGCGGACCUCAAGCCUCUCGCUAAGCGCUCUCUACGCGAGUGCUUUCCAGAUGGGCCUCUUGAAGUCGCCAAGGCCAUGGACAUCUUUGAGGGCAAGGUCGAUGGGGAGAUCCCUUCCGACGUCCCGAGCAAAGUUCCUAAGCUUUCUCAGAAGGAGAUUGACGAUGCGGUCAAGAAGGCCGGGCUCUCGAAGCGACAGUGUGGCCAAUGGUUUACCCGAACCCGUCCAGUCGGCAACGGCAAUCCGCACCAGAAUCCAUUGCAUAUCCAGCUCAGCGAAGGCAUUGAAUGCAACCCCAGUAGACAAUGCACUGCGGGCAGAAGCGAAUCCCGGUCCUUUUCGAUUGGCUGGACAGCCAACGCGGCUGUCUCAUGGAUCAGCGCCGGUUUCAGCGUUGUCCAGACUAUCGAAACUGGUGCCAGUUACGAGUGUUGGGGAAAUCCUGGCGACUAUCUUGCCGUUUGGAAGAAGCAGGGCCAGACGGCCUAUACUGUCCAGCAGGGUAUCUACAGCCCCUGUACCAGUUCCUGGCAGUCCGUCGGCGGGCAUGUUAUUAUCUGGUCACCCAAUGACCAGAACAAGAGGGGCAACUAUUACUGCGUGUAUGGACGCCAGUAUGUUCGCAAUAUUGGUGAUAGGUGGCUUGAUACCUCGGCUGGCGAGCCUGGAGGUCCCUAG